AUGUCCGAAGAAUCCCCCCUCGCAACAAUCACCGACUCCGUGACAGCCCCGACAACAUCCACCCAGACCCCCGACCCCCAAAACCAAUUCACCGCGGCCGUAGACGACCUCCUCGACCAACUGCAACACAAGUUCGACGGCGUCUCGCGCGAGAUGUUUGGGAAGUUAGACGACAUGGCCCGACGACUCGACGAGCUAGAAGCCUCAUUCACGGUCGUGGACGGGACGGCGAGCGCGACAGCCAGUGCGGCAGCCGCGGCCGCGGCGGGGGGUGAGAGUCCGGCUCCGGCGAAGUGAUUCAUUCAUUCAUUCAUUCAUUCAUUCAUUCAUGCGUUUCCUCCCAAUUACUUUUGCGAGACGGGAGUUCGAGGGAUUCGGAUUGGAUUGGUUUUUCUUGAGCGUUUGCGCUGUUUGAUUCAUCGUGUUUAUUCAUUGUCGGGGGGUUGAUUGAGAUUGAGAUUGAGAUUGGGAUUGAGAUUGAGAUUGAACAAUGAUGUGGUAGGAGGAGGAGGUAGUAGAUUGAAGGUAGAGGAGGAUAUACCCUAUGCACGGCUGGCGGAUUGCGUCGAUUUCAUACAUAAUAGUUUCUAGGGGCAUUGAUAUGCUUCCCUUCUCGGUAUCAUACAGGAACACUAACCC